CUUGCACACGCAGGCACGUGACUCCAAAUGGCCGCUGUCGCUUCCUCAGCCUCGCGCGGAGCUCCGUUCCCACUUCCCGUCUCUCCGUCCGAGUCGGUCCAACGCGCGCGCCGUUUCUGAGCCUGCUUUUCCUAUUUCCCAUUUGGAGGUCACUUGUGCUCAGGGAGGGUUACACACACACACACACACACACACACACACACGUACGGCACGAACAAACGGCGGCACGACAGCCUGGAGUAACAUCAUCACCGCACACCGCGUCAGAACCGAGCCGGGAAGAGGAACUGCGAUCGGUCGCGAGACGCCGGUGGGCGGAGCCAACAGGUUACAGCUUUCAGAGACGUUUACAUUUGGCUCAGAGGGGUGUAUUCCCAGGAGUCGGGCUCUCCUUGGUGAAAAUGGAUCCCCGAGACAGGCCUCCCAGCAUCACAGCAAAAGGGUGACACACUGGAUCAGUGGCUUAUGAGAAGGGAAACAGGGAAAAGAGGACAUAAAACUAAUGGCUGCUCACUUCAUUUCAAAUUACAGAAGGGAAUCUUCUAGAAGCUCCUCUGAACAUCGGAUUUCUUUCUAACUUGUCGUCUUCUCUCUCCGUCACCGACCCAGACGCCGCUAUAGGACGGCGAUCUCUCCGUCCAUCUCUUCAUCCCUCCAUCCACUUUUCCCCCUGUUUUUAACACUACAGAGUCGUCCUUCAGUGAGAAGAAACCAAACAAAGGAUCUGGAGCCUUUUACACACACGAAUACAGACACAAAUACACACAUAUAUAUGUACACACUUUGGAUGGGGGAGGAAUCCCCGUGACUCUUCCCUGAAGUGGCCAUUUUGGAUUCUUUGGAUUAUACGUGUACUGCAGCGGCCAUGUCGGGGAAGGGCUUCCCUGUGGCUCACUUCUCCUACUUCCUCCCUCACGUGAUUGGUGGGCUCUCGCCACCCUCGAUGCCCACCAUGUCUGUGAGCGGGUACAGCACGCCCUCACCAGCCACCGUGGAGACGCAGAGCACGAGUUCAGAGGAAAUCGUCCCCAGUCCGCCGUCUCCUCCUCCCCCGCCGAGGGUCUACAAACCCUGCUUCGUCUGUCAGGACAAGUCCUCUGGAUACCACUACGGCGUCAGCGCCUGUGAAGGCUGCAAGGGUUUUUUCCGCAGAAGCAUCCAGAAGAACAUGGUGUACACGUGUCACCGGGAAAAGAGCUGCAUAAUCAACAAGGUGACGCGGAACCGCUGCCAGUACUGCCGUCUGCAGAAGUGUCUGGAAGUGGGAAUGUCCAAGGAGUCGGUGCGGAACGACAGGAACAAGAAGAAGAAGGAGGAGAAGAAGGUGGAGUGUGUGGAGAGCGGCGUGUUGAGCGCAGACACCGAGCUAAUGAUCGAGUGUGUGAGGAAGGCGCACCAGGACACAUUCCCUUCGCUCUGUCAGCUCGGCAAAUACACUACGAGUAACAGUUCGGAGCGACGUGUCUCGCUGGAUGUGGAUCUGUGGGAUAAAUUCAGCGAGCUGUCCACCAAGUGCAUCAUCAAGACAGUGGAGUUUGCCAAGCAGCUUCCUGGCUUCACCACGCUCUCCAUCGCCGACCAGAUCACACUGCUCAAAGCCGCCUGCCUCGACAUCCUGAUUCUGCGUAUCUGUACACGCUACACACCUGAGCAGGACACCAUGACGUUCUCAGACGGUCUGACGCUGAACCGCACACAGAUGCACAACGCCGGCUUCGGGCCACUCACGGACCUGGUGUUCGCCUUCGCCAACCAGCUGCUGCCCCUCGAGAUGGACGAUGCAGAGACGGGCCUGCUCAGCGCCAUCUGCCUGCUGUGUGGGGAUCGUCAGGAUCUGGAGGAGGCCGAUAAGGUGGAUGUGCUGCAGGAGCCACUGUUGGAGGCACUGAAGCUCUAUGUGAGGAAGAGGAGGCCACACAAACCCCACAUGUUCCCCAAGAUGCUGAUGAAGAUCACAGACCUGCGGAGCAUCAGCGCCAAAGGGGCGGAGCGAGUGAUCACGCUGAAGAUGGAGAUCCCCGGCUCGAUGCCUCCUCUCAUCCAGGAGAUGCUGGAGAACUCAGAAGGGUUGGAGAGCACAGGGGGUGGAGCCAGCACACGCUCAAACCCUGCCCCCUCAGGCAGCUGCAGUCCCUCGCCCUCGCCUAGCUCCGCCCACAGCAGCCCAUCCACGCAGUCGCCCUGACACACACACAAACACAAUAUCCUCCUCUUCCUCUUAGCUCCGCCCACUCAGUGCUGCAGGGGCUCGGUCGUCCGCCGCUUCCUGUUUCUGUUUCUCACCUCUCCGCUGCUGUAAAGACUCAUCAGACAGUCGGUAGAGAGAACAUUUUACAGACACGAAAACGUGAACAAGAGCGAAGAACUCAGAACUUGUGUGGACUUGUUUUUCUUUUUCAUUUUCUUCCUCCAACAUCUCAGGCCUGGACUUCACCACAAGGAAUGAACGAUGGACUUGGCCUAGCUUCCAAGAGGCUUUUUUUUUUUUUUUUUUUUUUUUACAAAAAUAUAUA